CUUUAUUUUUAAUUUUUUUGCUUCAUAUUACAAUUAUAGAUAAAUCGCGCUAUUUUUUCGGUUUUUGUGAUUAAAUUAUUAAACUUUCACCUUUAUAAGUAUGGAUUCUGAAAUGGACAAUUAUGAGGGUGAAGAUCCUACCGAAGUUUAUCAGAAAUGCGUUGAAUUAAUGGGCAGUAAAGAUUUCAUUAUGGAAGAUUCGGUUAUGCCAACUUUGAAAAGAUUUUUUCAUGUUAAAGGAACCAAAGACGAGGCUAUUCACUUGUUAUCAACCAAUUAUGAUGCUGUUGCUCAAAUCGCUAACCUUCUGGCAGAAUGGCUACUGAUGACUGAUCUCACAUUAGCUGAAGUUCAAUCUACAGUUGAAGAUAAUCUCAAAAAUAUGAUUAUCAAACACUUUGAUCAGAAAAAGGCCGAUUCGAUUUUUCUUGAUGAGUCGAAAGGAAAUCCAGAUUGGCUUACUGCUUUGAUUCAACACCAGCCUUGGCGUAAAUUGAUUUUUCAAUUAGCUGACAAAUAUCCUGAUUGCCUUAUGUUAACUUUCACGGUUAAGCUAAUAUCUGAUGCCGGUUUUCAAAGCGAAAUAACUUCAAUAUCGACUGCGUCACAACAAUUAGAAGUUUUCACCCGAAUCUUAAAAACUUCUGUCACUAAUUUUCUGGAAAAAGGCGAAGAAAUGCUUGAUUCGGAAAAAGUUCUAAAUGAAUUUGCGAAAUUGGUUUCACAUGGCGAACAUACUUAUCUCUACAGCCAAGUUUUAUUACACUAUCUAUCAUUGGAACAAAAAGGUGGUUCUAAUGUUAAACGACUUUUUCAGGAAAUCUCACGAUUCGCACAGAAAAACGGACAUAAUGCAACACCGAUCAUGCUCUCAUUAAUGGGAAUUUCUUCACAUCCUCGAUUAUCGCAAGCAUUAUCAGCAAUGUUGGCAAAAGAUGCUCUCAAUCCUGCCGAUAUAACUAUGUUAUAUAAAUGUUAUCAAGAAACAUCUCCACCACCAGUUGAAUUUUUACGAAUACCACAAUUUCUUGAUCUAUUGUUGGAUGCUCUUUUUAAACCGGGUUCAAAAUUACACUCUGAUCAACGGCCUAAAUAUGUCUAUCUAUUGGCUUAUGCAUCAUCUGUUCAUGAAACUUAUAGAAAACAUAAUAAUGCCUAUAAUAAUGUUCAAUUUCGGAAAUCCAUUAAUCGUGAUGAAUUAAAACCAACGAUACAGGCGAUCGAAAAGGUUUCAUCAUUAUGUGUAGAACGAAAAGGAUCGUCUGAGAUUCUACCAGAAUUGAAAACAUUAUAUCAAAUGAUUGAAAAAUAUCAGGUGGUAGCCUAUGGAAUUGUUUACUGGGUUAAACAUGUUGUCAGCGAACCAAGUUAUUUUAAAUUAAAUACUGAACAAACUCCUUUACAUUUGGCUUUAUUGGACGAAGUAACCGCCUGUCAUAACACGUUGCAUAAAAUAACCCUAAAUCUCUACAUUGAUAUAUUUGAAAAACAAUACGAUGAACUAGAAGUUUUAGCACAGCUUGAACUGAAGAAAAUGAUCCUUGAUCGUAUGAUUCAUUUGAUUAGCAAAGGAUGCGUAGUUCCAGUGUUAAAAUAUAUUAAACAAUGUUGGCAAAAAGGCGAUACUGAUAUAUCAUUGUUUCGAUAUUUUAUCAUUGAAGUUUUAUCGAUGAUCACUGCUCCAUAUUCUAUUGAAUUUAUUGAUCUUUUUUUUCCGUUGGUCGAAUGCGAGGAAGUGACUGGCAAUAUGCGCAGUGAAGUCGAAACAACUUUGGUCAAUGAAUUUAUAGAAACUUGCAAAAAUCUGAAAAAUGAACAUCGUGAUCAUUCGGAAGAUUGAUCUGACUUCUGUAAGAGGCAUUGGUUGGUUGAUAUGUAAUUUUUCAUGAUCUUAUUAGCUUUUAAUAAUCAUCAUCAGAUGAUAAUAGCAAAAGAUUUCAUGUAAAAAAAUGUGUUUAUCAUACUUGAAGUUUUUUCCAUCUUUUAACUGCCGAUCAAUUUCAUUUGAAUAAUCGAUAUAUGAACAAGUGAAGAAGAAAACAAUUUUUUUCGAAAAUAAAAAUCAAUGUAGAUAAAAUUCUGCUAAUAACGAGACUAGAUGCAAGUUUGUUUUAUCAAAUAUUUUGCGAUCUUUAUCUGUAAACGAUCAGCUAAUUUUGUUUUUUUUAACAUUCACUGAAAUGAGAAUGUCAUUCGAUGUUUUUAUUCAAAUAAUAAAAGACAUCUUACAAGAC